UCCUUCCUUUCCCCUGCCUUUCUUCCUGCUUGCAUCUCUCCAUUGACUACAUGCGGCUCUCAUCUCUCGCUUCCUCAGCCUCUUUCUCGGUCUGCUUGACACCGUCUCCUCCCAACUGUGCUCUCUCCAUCCCUGCUUCCUCUGCUCUCUCACUUUCUCACUCGCUCUCCCCGUCUCCCUCUCUCCAGGCUUUGCCUCAUUGGUGUGUCCUGAUUCCCUUUUUCCAUUAGGCUCCAGGCCCAUUGGUCGCCCGCCUUCCAACCAUUAUCUCCACUCCUCCACCACUCUGUCAUUCUGUCUCCCUCCACUUUGCCUUCUUCUCACAUUCUUCUCACACUGAAGUCGUAAAAAAAAAUGAUUUGCAUGCAGCGCGAGAGCAGAAGUUUGCAGUGAGCAAACUGAAUUGGGGGAGAAGUAAAGGGAAGACUGUCAGAAAGGAGAGGAAGUGCAUUCUGGAGAAAAGUUUAAAGAGAAGACUGCAGUUUGAAAAUGAAUCUGGAGGAGACGUGGUGAGCAUUUCCUCUCCAAGUGAAAGCCAGCAGGUCAGGUGGAAGCAGAGGUCUGGAAGAACUGUCUCAACCCCAAACCAUUGCAGAUGGAGGUGGAUGCAGACGAUAAGCGCCAUCGCACACGCUCCAAAGUGCCUGUGGAUCCAGCAUUAACGGAGCUAUUCAGUGUGUAUGGAUGCCCUGUGGCCAAGAAGAGAAAGAGUCUAGACAGACAAACCCUGGAGACCUCCCCCAAGAGGAGCACCUACCUAGAUGACAUGGACAACUCCACAAUGGAGGAGUGCUACGAGACAGACGGAACCGAGGAUAUGGACGACAGGGAGGAGGAGGGAGAGGGAGCGCUAGAAGAGGAGGAGGAGGAAGAGGUGGAAGAGGUUGAAGGCUAUAUGGACUACAAUGAGGAGCAAAUGGAGCAUGAAGAAGGAGAGCUGGAGAGAGAGGAGGGCGAGGAAGAGGAGGAGGUAGAGGUGGAGGAAGAGGAGGAGGAGCAGGUGGAGGAGGAGGAAGAAGAGGAGGAGGCUGUGGCGGAGGUGGACUAUGAAGAGGAGGAGGAAGGAGAGCAAGGGCCAGAGGAGGACCUGAUGAGCAGUGGUGAGGGUGUGGAGUGCAACGCUGGAAGUGGCGACGCCAAAUCUGGUCCAACCGGGGAGAAGGACGACAACAACAAUGACGAGUAUGAGAACUAUGACGAGCUUGUGGCCAAGUCGCUGCUCAAUCUGGGCAAGAUCGCAGAAGACGCUGCCAACCGGGCCAUGACGGAGUCGGAGAUGAACAGCAACUCUUCUCACAGUGCUGAAGAGGAGGAGGAAGAGGAAGAGGAGGAGGAUGAGGAGGAAGAAGAAGAAGAGGACGAUGAGGAGGAAGAAGAGGAAGAAGAGGAGGAGGAGGAAGAAGAGGAGGAAGAGGAGGAAGAGGGCAAUGAAACGCAAAUGGGUGAUCUCAGUUUGGACGUUCAUAGUGACGUGGUUAGGGAGACCGUAGACUCGCUCAAACUCUUGGCACAAGGUCACGGUGCUGUGUUGUCGGACAAUCUAGACGGGCAGGACUACGAGGACGGCAUGGCUGAGAACAGAGACAAGAACGACUGCUCCCACAAUGGCGGAAAUCUGCACAUUGGUGGUAACGGACAGGGGAAGACCACCGGUCACGGACAGUUGGAGAACAGUGACGAGGAAGUGUGUCUUAGCAGUCUGGAGUGCUUACGGAAUCAAUGCUUCGACCUUGCACGGAAACUUAGUGAAACAAAGUCUGCAGACCGCAAUGGGUCAUUCCAGCAGAAUCAUUACCAGUGUGGGGACCCAAACCAACAACCCCAACAUCACGGCUAUGGGGAGUUCCAGCACAGCCAGGAAGACAGGCGAGCAUUCGACAGGAACUAUUCCGACAUGGACAAUCUCUUGAAGCUGGAGGAGCAGCUGAGCCCACGAUCUAAGGCUUUCUCCAGUUGCGCACAGGGAGACCGCUUUCACCAACGGGACUUUGACGAGGACACGGCCUCCGUGACAUCAGACAGGUCUGAGGAAGUGUUUGACAUGACAAAGGGCAACCUGUCCUUGUUGGAAAAGGCCAUCGCGCUAGAAUCCCAGCGUGCGAAGGCAAUGCGGGAUAAAAUGGAGGCAGAGGCAGCCAGGAGAGACGGGGUGAGAUAUAACCAUGACGACCAUGGCCCACGGCACGCCUACGGUGUUGAGCGUAAAGGACGACUCCCUGAUGGCAUGAAGAAGCUUUUCUAUCAUAAAGAUGCUUCCCGAGCAGACAAGAAGGAGAGUCGCUGUCCGACACCGGGCUGCGACGGCACGGGUCACGUGACAGGCUUGUACCCCCACCAUCGGAGCCUGUCGGGCUGUCCGCACAAAGACAGGGUGCCACCAGAAAUUGUGGCUAUGUAUGAGAACGUUCUUAAGUGUCCUACGCCUGGCUGCACUGGACGCGGCCAUGUCAAUAGCAACAGAAACUCCCACAGAAGUCUGUCUGGAUGUCCCAUUGCUGCAGCAGAGAAGCUGGCCAAAGCCCAGGAGAAACACCAGGGCUGUGAUGGCUCUAAACCCAACCAGGCUUCUGAUCGAGUCUUAAGGCCUAUGUGCUUUGUCAAACAACUGGACUAUCCUCAGUAUGGUGACAAGAACAAUGUCUCCACCAGCACGCCCCGAUCCAACCUGGCCAAGGAGCUGGAGAAGUACUCCAAAACCAGCUUUGACUACAGCGCCUUCGAGGGCACCAACAACCACCAAGUGUAUGGGAAACGGGCCAUCGCACCCAAAGUUCAUGGGCAAAGGGAUACCUCUCCUAAAGGAUAUGAUGCCAAGCGUUACUGCAAGAACUCCAGCUCGGCCAGCAGCACCACCAGCACCUACGCUCCCAGCAGUAGCAGCAGCAGCCUGAGUUGUGGAGGUGGAGGAGGGGGUAUGGGAGGAGGUGGAGGCAGCAGUGCCAGCAGCACCUGCAGCAAGAGCAGCUUCGACUACAGCCACGACAUGGAGGCCGCACACAUGGCCGCUACGGCCAUCCUCAACCUGUCCACGCGCUGUCGAGAGAUGCCCCACGGAAUGGGGGGCAAGCCCCAGGAUCUGUGCUCGCAGAGUCCCGGCCUGGAUGUUGACGAGAACGGUACAUUGGACCUGAGUAUGAGCAAGCGUCUGUGCAGCAGCGUAGGGGACUCAGUGCUCACCCCUCUAGAGCCCAUGUCCCCCCAGAGGCAAGCGGCCCUGCUGGGCUCCCGCUGCUAUGGAAUGGGGGACGCUGCCGACUGCUGGGACCUGCCAGUAGACUACACCAAGAUCAAACAUAUAGAUGAGGACGACAAAGAGCCAGACGACCUGGACCCCUUCCAAGACCUGCUGGAGGACCGCUCCUACACCACCGAUGUUAACAUGCCUAGCCCCAAGCCUAAAUUUACCCAGUGCAAGGAGAGUAAGAAGGACCUGAUAACUCUCUCAGGUUGUCCGUUAGCUGAUAAAAGUAUUCGGAGUAUGCUGGCCAACAACGCACAAGAGCUCAAGUGCCCGACACCAGGGUGCGAUGGUUCGGGACAUAUCACUGGCAACUACGCCUCUCACAGAAGUCUCUCAGGUUGUCCGCGGGCCAGGAAAAGCGGGAUAAAGAUCAUCCACAGUAAAGAGAACAAGGAGGACCAAGAGCCUAUCAGGUGUCCAGUUCCUGGUUGUGAUGGCCAAGGUCAUGUGACAGGAAAGUAUGCAUCUCACAGAAGUGCAUCAGGAUGCCCCAUAGCAGCAAAGAGACAAAAAGAUGGCUACCUAAACGGCAUCCAGUUCACAUGGAAGUCUGGCAAGACGGAGGGCAUGUCCUGUCCCACACCAGGCUGCGACGGCUCGGGUCACGUCAGCGGCAGCUUUCUGACACACCGAAGUCUGUCAGGAUGCCCACGUGCCACGUCUGCGAUGAGGAAAGCCAGGCUCUCUGGAGUGGACAUGCUCACAAUAAAGCAGCAGCGCAGCAGCAACGGCUUGGACCAUGAGGAGGAGCUCAAACAACUGGAUGAAGAGAUCAAAGAUUUAAGUGAAUCAAAUUCACAAGUGGAAGCAGACAUGAUCAAACUCAGAACGCAGCUCUUAUCUCCUCAGAUCACGACCAUGGAGUCCAACUUGAAGUCCAUGGAGGAGGAAAACAAGGUGAUUGAACAGCAAAAUGACUCUCUGCUGCAUGAGCUGGCCAACCUCAGCCAGUCACUGGUUAACAGUUUAGCUAAUGCCCAGCUCCCCCAUAUGAAACCACUGGCACACAAAGAGCCCCUUCUUAGGACGAACAGCUGCUUACAGCUCCACCAGCAAGAACCAAUCGAACAGAACUUCGAUGCCUAUGUGACCUCUCUAACGGACAUGUACACAGCCCAGGACCAAUACCACAGUCCAGAAAACAAAGCCUUGUUGGACAACAUCAAGCAGGCGGUCCAAGGGAUCCAAGUGUAACAUUUGGUGAAAGGAGCUUCCUGUUCAUCCUUGCAAGAUGUGGGUUGUGUCCCAGAAUCCACAAGAGACAGUAAAGGUUUCAUCUCCUUGGUGCAGAGCAGUCACUGAUGGUGUACAGUGUUAUAUAUUCUGAAUUCUUUAAGAACAAAGAGAGGUAUUAUGCUUAGCGAGAGACAUUGAGACGAAUCCUUUUCUUUUUUUGGGUCUUGCUUCAAGGAAGAACAUAAGUGUAAAACAGCAAAAUAGUUUUUGAGGACAUUCACAUUUUGUACGUUUUCAUAUGAGCUGACAUAGCGUCAUGUAAUGUUUCUAGCUGCUCACAUAUGCACAUUUUAGUGUAUAUUACUGAACAGUAAGCUGAUUCCAACUGAACAUGCGUUCUUUUUAUUGCUUGACCACAUUUUAGAUGAAAAAACAAAAGCUGCGCUGGACAGUGAUACAAAAGGACAAAAACAUGAGGAGGAGACUAUAAUAAUAUUUCACCUCAAUGGGUGAUUUUAGGUUUUCUUUUUUCUUCUAUGUCUUGCUUGUAGAGUGUUCAAAGGCAAGAACUGGCUUGCAAAUUGCUUUAUUUUUGACAAUGCUUGAAAAAUGUGUUUUCAUUUCAUCUAAAAAAAAAAAAAAAACUGUGUAGCUGAAAUGGGGGAAUUUUUAAUUGGUGCUGUAAAUGAAUCUGGAGAGGAAACUGACCGGACGUAUGUAUGAAUGUAUGUAUGAGCAGUUAUAUUGUAAACAUCAUUACACGGAAACCCGAUGGUGGAAAUCCCAUUAUUUAGGACAGCAAAUGAAUUCGAGCAGGAACAGCAUGUAAGUUGACAUCAAAUCCCCAAACACAAAUGUUGUGUGAUGACAAUGACCGAGAGACGUCACAAUCCAGCCUUCCUCGUAUCAAAUCCGACCUGUGUUGCUCGAAUCAAGAAAUAUCUCAGCAAUAUAAAACGUAAAUCAUUUGUUUAUUGUAGUUACGAGAUACAAUCUGCAAAGGGGAAAAAAAAGUAGGGUAUAUGCAAUUUCUUGUUUAUAAGCAAAGCGGGGCAACACUAAUCUUUUUAAUAUAGCCUAUGUAAAAUAUUGAUUUUUAUACAAAUCUUUUAAUACAAAAUGUUUUUAAAAAGCAGAGGAAACCUGAUUACUGAGUUGUAGAAGUGAAAGGAAAUACGUUCCACAUUUUUUCUGUAAGAUUUUGCACAGGGACACCUUCGUUUCCAUGUUUUGAUGUUCUUACAGAACUAAAAGCAGUACCCGAGAGACGAAAAGGAGGGUUUUGUAAAGAGUAUUUAUAGACAGCGGGACUUACAGGGUCACUGUCCCCACUUAUGUGCCAGUAGACUAUUUGCACUUGUCCUUGAAGAUAUUAUCCUUACAAACGGCGUCGUGCAAUUUUCCAGGUGACCUCUUUGGCACACGAUUGGAGUAACUAACUGUUUGGAGCCACUGUGUGGAUUUAGUACCACUGAAAAAGGAAGAACAGGGAAGAGGAUGACUAUAAUCAUAGCAGUACUGUAGGCUAUUGUAAAAACAUUAUCAAUGUUCAUUUUUGCUAUGUUUAGGAAGAUGAAGUUAUCCCCCCAGCAGCACUUUAUAUCUAAUCACUGUACAAAGGAAUUAAUUAUCAAUCAAUUCAAGGUUUGAAAAAAAUAAGCAGAAGAAAACAAGGGCCUGGUAAAACGAGACCUUUGAGGGGUGAUACAAUCCAGCAUCACACACCCUGCGUGACUGUACGCACCCCACCAUUCUCCUGUUCUAGUUGUUGGCAGUCAUCAGAAUUUGCCUUGUCCAGAGCGAAUGCAGCUGAAUCUCAUCGAAUGAACUUUGCCGUCCUCUUCCGGGACUCUCUCCUGCGCAUCAUCCAUGACUGCAUUCGCCUUUUUCCCACAGCAUCGUGUCUGCAGCUUUUUGCCAAUAUAGUGAUGCUUCAGUAGAGUAAUAGCUAGUACAAGUUUUUUGGAUUAAUUCUCAUUAUCAGUCAAAAUGGAAAAAGGGAUUAUUAAAGCACAAACUGCUCUUCUGAUGUUGGUACGUAAAUAACAAAAUUUGAAAAGUGAUCUGUGACUAUCUAUGUGGGACGCAGCAAAGGUUGUCACAUAUUCAGAAUGAUGACUUUUCAUUAAAAAAAAAAACAUAUUGUGGAGAUCAUCAGAGUUUAUUAUUUUAUUUACACCAUUUAAUUUUGAGAUGGGUUUCAGUGACCAUUAACAAAGACUGGAUUUUGUAUAAACUAUUGUGCUCUCUGUGGAACUGAAGUUUGAUUUAUUUUUGUACGACACAGCAUGGAUUUGUUGACAUUUUAAUUUUGCUAUAAAUGUGUGAGAUCACAAGUUGCUGUGAUAUUUCAUUUAUAAAUCGUGAACUUUGUACAAUUUUUGUCAUGCUGGAUGUGGACACAUCUUAUCUCUGAAUAAAGAAAAAAUGUGUUGCCAGAGGCCUGUAAAUUGCCCCAUGUUCUUGUUUUUUCCCCCCCUCUCCAUAAUGGGCAACAUAUUGUAACUCAAAGAAUUCUAGAAUGAUGUGGAAAUGGUCACUGUGUGGCAUCCCGGACGGGUUAUAGUGCA